UGAACUUGACUUUUAUUAAUUUCCUGCAUUUCUUCAAACUGGUCCAUCUGGAUCUGGGCUGAUAAUAUUUGGAUGAUAUAAAAGGGUAGUGCAGCUUGCUGAAGACAUCAUUCAGGACUCAUCCACGUAGUCACAACCUCUCCAAUAAUCUUCAAAAUGGUUGCGAAGUGCGUGUUCCUUUUCGCCCUGUUGGCCGCCGCCAGCGCCGCUGAUUUCUCCAGCUUCUCUUACGGAGUAGCAGACCCUUACACUGGUGACUUCAAGCACCAGUUCGAGACCCGCGCUGGUGACCGGGUGCAGGGACAAUACGGUCUUUUGGAAUCCGACGGCACCCAGCGGACGGUCGACUACACCGCUGGCGCUGAGGGCUUCAACGCUCUUGUACGGAAAGACCCUGCUUUUAUCGCUGCCCCUAUUGCCCCAAUUGCCCCUCUGCCCCUCUCAAUUCCCACUUACCCCUACGCUUACAGGUUCGGACCCUACGCCUACGCCGCUCCCUUCGCGUACAACCGCAUCCACUAAGUCAUCACACCGAAUAAUUUUAGGUCCAAAUUCUCAUUUGCUCAAACCAGUCCGUCUGUAUUAUUGUAAAUAAUGUAAAUAAAUUACCGAUAUUAUGUCCGUCUA